CCACCCGCUCCCACCAUGAAGAGGGAAAUAUUAACCCUGGCUUUCGCUCGCUCCGUCUUUGUCGAGUUUCUCUGCACGCUCAUCUUCGUCUUCAUCGGCCUUGGCUCAGCCCUGAAGUGGCCAUCUGCCCUCCCCAGCAUCCUUCAGAUUGCACUGGCCUUCGGGCUGGCCAUCGGCACCCUGGUGCAGGCAUUUGGCCACAUCAGUGGUGCCCACAUCAACCCGGCUGUGACCAUUGCCUUCUUCGUCGGGAACCAGAUCUCCUUCCUCCGGACCCUCUUCUACGUGAUUGCCCAACUGGUUGGGGCCAUCGCCGGGGCUGGCAUCCUCUACGGUGUGACACCAGCCAACACCCGUGGCAACCUGGCCAUCAACGCGCUCAACAACAACAUUACUCCUGGCCAGGCCCUCGUGGUGGAGAUCAUCCUCACCUUCCAGCUGGCUGCCUGCAUCUUUGCCUCCACGGACAGCCGGAGGAAUGGCAACGUGGGCAGCCCAGCCCUGUCCAUCGGCCUCUCCGUUACCGUGGGACACUUGGUGGGGAUCUAUUUCACCGGGUGCUCCAUGAACCCAGCCCGGUCCUUUGGACCAGCAGUCAUCGUGAGGAGGUUCAGCCCAGCACACUGGGUGUUCUGGGUUGGACCCAUCCUCGGGGCUUGCUUGGCUGCUCUGCUCUACUUCUACAUCCUCGUCCCCUACUGCAUGAACAUCUCAGACAGAGUUGCCAUCGUCAAGGGCACCUAUGAGUCUGAGGAGGAGUGGGAAGAGCAGAGAGAGGAGAGGAAGAAAUCCAUGGAGUUGACCCCACCGUAG